AUUUGUUCUGUUAAAUAUUCAGCAUUUUGAAAUUCUAUCUAAAUAUGCAAUAAUAGAGGAAAUCAAGAAGGGGGCAAAGCCUUUUUCACAGCACUGUGGACUACAGAACCAUUUUUCCAUUUUCUUUUAUCUGGAUAAAGACAUGUAAGGUAUUUAGUGUCAUUACCAGAGCUCCCAAAGGGGCUGAUAUGAAGGUUCUCUAAAAUUAUAGACAAUUCAGAAUUCAUUCAGGGUUGUUCUCGGAGUGGAUAGUUUCAGUGGAAUAGGCAAAGGUCAUGGCCUGUGUGGGUGGAUGUAACAGUGGUUAGGUGCAUUGUUUAAACCCUCCUUUUACUGCUUUGAAUGUUUGGCUCUCUCGCUUCUGAGAUUUUGAGAGGACGGGUGGAUAGAGGAGGUAAGCUACAUGUCUGUGUUCAUGGGCGGCCUUCAUUGCGAGUAAAAGUUCAUUUCUUUUUUGCAUGAAGGCUGUUAUCAAUGCAUCAAGUCCUUUUUUAAAUUUGGUGACAGCCCUUUCUUUUCAUUUUUAUUUAUCCUAAUACGCAACGUUUUCCCCCAUGUCUCUGUACAAGGUAGAUCAUUCUAGCUCAACGUGCACACUGCUGCCAAUACUGCUGUGUUGUUUCAGCUUCAGACCCUUCAUAAACACACUUUACAUUAUAUUCAUGCGGCCUGAUCUUUGGAAACCACCUGGCAGGGCUGAGCUUGGUAAGCACUGGUAGAGAAAAUACAAAGCUGAUGUUGGAAGUGGUGUUGGAUGGGCCAGUAGGGGGCGAUCUUCCCACUGGACCAAACAGAAGGGGAAAAAAAGUUCAUUAUGCACUGAAGGGGACUUAUAUAAUGUGUUUUUCAUGAAACCGAGGUCUUUCUGUCUUGCUGUGGUCAUUGAAAUCCCAGUGGCACUUAAAACAAAAAUCAAGGGGUUUCUCUGAGGUACCAAGCCAAGUUUCAAACCUAGCUCAUUUAAUACAACCACCUGUAUUCCCAACCCAUCCCUCGGCAUAAUUGCCUGGAAUAUUUCAGGGGAUAAAAUCAUAGACAUUUGGAAAUGCUGGUUAAAAUGAACAAAUAAAUAAAAUAAUUAAAAGCCAACACAUAGUUAAAGUGGAGAGUGGCACUUCUCAGGGUCUGCACAGUGGAGUCUGAAGCCCCAGACACUUUGCUUGUCUCUCAGUGAGGGGAUUAUUCAUUCAAGCACAGUCUCCACUGCCAAUAGCGAGGUGUUACUGACGUCACAAGAAGGCUUUAUAAUUAAAAGACCAGUUUGUCGAACUGUGUGAGAUUAUACAUUGUUAAAGCCUAGUUUCCCUAAGGUCAUGAGAGUGCAUUGUUGCAUUUUUUUCCACAUUUUCCUUUUUUUCUGUGUACAUUUCUUGACUUCCUGUGGGAAAUAUAAUAGCACCUAUUAGUCUUACAGACGCAUCGCAUGCAAAAGGGCAGAUAAUGUAAUAUCUUUUCAGUAUGACCCUGUUCACGUUAAAAGAUGUAGCCAUACAAAUCGUACACCUUUACUCUGGGAGUUUUGAUUUAAACUGCGGAAUUACAACCAUAAACCACCUCAAGAGAGCAAAAGAUAACGGUAAUAACCCAACCUACUGCUCAUUUAAUUUUACAAAGAAGUUAAAACGGGAGAUUGAAUAUAGAGAUGUUAAAUAAAGAUCAGCAUUUGGCGAAAAGCUUUAUCAAAUGUAAUUAAUGAAGUGCUCCACUGGAGUGAAAACCAGGAUAGUUUCCCCACAGGACCAGGAUUUAGAAGUACUUGGAUACGGUGGCCUUUCAGGAUCAAAAAACCACUUCAGAGAUGGGCAGGCCUAAUGCAUUGACAUUGAAAGCGGACAUUUAGGGGCUUAGCUUUUAUAUUGGCUUUUAUGUCCCAGUCAUGCUUUGCCGUGCUCAGGCAGAGAAAGGUUAAGCAAAUCCUGAGGGGGAAUAAAAGUUUAGUUCGUCAAUCAGGGUGCCUCAGUCUGUUUGGCACUGCUUCAAGCGCUCAUACUUUCCAAUGUAGACGAGAGUUGGCUGUGCUUGUGCAAAAUCUUCCAAGGUAUAUUAUUUACUUAUUUAUUUAAUUGCUGUUCUUGGUGUGAGUGGCGAACACAGGGGAGGUUAGUCGUCGAACGAUCAAGGACGAGCGGUUUACGAAAACGCGUCGGCUGGCAUCGCCGCCGGCUCCGUAUGAAGAAGACAGCGAUUACAGCCGCCGUUUCGAAACGCCUGACUUCGCCUCGUGUCGUUCGCUCUCCCCCUCGCUCACAAAGAUGCCCUUAUCUCAUAACGAUAAACCACUUUAAAUUCAUGAAUUCUGGCAGAGGAGGGGGAACACCGCAAUAUCCAAAAUAGAAAUGUAACCAAGCUGUCAACAGCUGAGAUUUGUGAAGGUUUCUGAGGGAAUGUAGUAUUAUAAUUUAAUAUUAACUUUUUUAGAUUCCAAGCUGAAAAUCUUUUGUCAGCUCUUGUUUUAAUCAUACUAUUUGUAUCGUGUGCUUUAUCUUUGUUGGCUUCUGAUUGUCAGAAUGGGACAGUUUUGAAAUAGACAGUUCAGCUGCCUAUACAGUAGAUGUGUAGAACAAGACAUUCAUUAAAACAUAUAUACAGAUAUCUGUGAAAAUAGCAAAAAAAAGAUGUAAAUAAAUAAAAGUUAAUAUGCUUAAGACUGAGUGUUGAUGUGUGUUGAUUUGAAUCUACAGGCAAAAACAUCAACGUUUUGGACUUUGUCAAAACAGACGUGAGAGAGCAGUUAGCGGAAAACGAAGACAGACAGUUUUUAACAUGUGUGUGAAUGGAUCGGACAGGUCAAGUCAUUUGCAUGAAGCUCACCGUCCAAGAUCUGUCUCGUCCAUGCCGGGUGCUCUGGCUGUGAAUCAGAGACCGCUCCAUAACUCUCACGCAUGUCUUUUUGAUCAUCUGGAAAUCGGCUAUGCUAUCAGGUUCUGUUAUGGUUAUGCGCUGAGAGAAUAUUGAAAUUAGUAAUGCACACAAUCUCAAGUGGUAAUUGUUUUUCAGAGAGAUCAGUUAUAGUAUAACCAUCAUAUGUGUUUUGUACAUUAAUGAAACAGGAUAUCACUUCAUAACAGAACAUGAAAAUGAUCAGGAAAGAUCAUAGAGUGAAACACACAGGUCAGUAAAUAAUGUUUUUUUUUUUUUUUUUUUUUGCCAAAAAUCCUGUAUUUGUGUUGUGAUUUGUACUUCAAUGUUUUUCCUGCCUGGGGACUGCUGGUGAAAAUUAGCUAUGGAGCUAACUCUGGUGCACCAAUUGUGAUGGACAUGGUCCCCGUUAAAUAAAAUAAUUAAAUAAAUAAAUGAAAAUUGCGCAGCCACAAUUUCAUAACAAACCUUAGAGAGAAAGCUCAUGUUUUUAUUGGAAAGCAUGUAACCCACCCAGGACUGCAUCUCCUUAUUGUUUAUUACUCAAUAAAGCAAAUGUACUGUAAAUAGAGUCAAAAGCUUGCACCAUCUUUUGUUUGACUUCUGUGAGUUAUAACCCAUUAGUCUGGUGCUUUCCCACUUUAGGAAUUCUUCCUCCAUCUUUUGUUUUUCAGUGUUUCCAGUCGAAACAAUCACAUCAAUUGUUUAAUUUCUCUUUCCAGAGCAUGAAGUCCAGAGCCUUUGUCAAAAAUUGGAACCAAUGAAGUUAAAAAAAACAAACUAGUACUAGUAAAGACUAGCAGACUAGAAAUAUCCAACCUAACAUCUGAAUAUUUCAAAUUAGCCCUGAGGUUAAAAAAAAAAAAAUCACAUUUAAAUAUGCAUAUAUAAAUAUGCAUAUGUCAUAUGUGCCUACGUGUAUCACGGUGUGUUCCCUUUCUGACACAUUGUUGAUACAGUAUGUUCCUUGUAGCAGGCUGUUCUCCAAGGUAACUCGGAGCAGGUGUCUUGUUAAACAAGAUCUAUUCAGGUCAAUUAUAGCGAGCCCUGGUAAUGCAAGACAGCUGCGUUACUGUCCUCUUUUUCUCCCAAAAGAGCUAAACAAGUUUCCCAACCGACUGAUGUUCUUACUUUGAUGUGAUAUGUAUAGAUUGCAGUGUGUGUGUGUGUGUGUGUGUGUUUUAAAUUUUAUAUGACUUAGGUCUAAUAAAUUUUAUGAAUUUUGUUUCCCAGAUUAUAAGAUCAAAUAACCACAUAUCUGUCUCUCUCCAUCUUUCUCCCUCUUUCCCUUUUCCAUCUCAGUAUAGUUAAAUUUAAAUCAUUUUUAUUCCAAAUCCCAUAUUUAUGAGAAAUGCAUUCAUUUGCAUAGAACAAUGUAAUUUGUAGGCUACUAAGACAGAUUUACAUUUAAACAAGAGCACAAACGUGAGAAACACUGUAAUUGUUCUAAUAAUAACAGUAAAGUAAUGCUGUUCUCCUUCUCUGUCUCUUUCCCUCUCCAUCCCUCUCUCUUUGUCACUGUUUCUCUCCUUUCCCCCUCCCCUCGUUCCUUCCCCACAGGGACUUGUUGGGGAGAAGUACGGAAGCAUCCGGAUCCCGGGGGAAGUGGAGUCGGCGGAGUUCGAGAUGAUCCUGGACGCCGCCGUGGAGGCGGGCCUGGACACCCGGAUCCUGGAGGAGUGGUAUUGCCGGGACGAGAACGCCGUGCCGCCCGCGUACUACCUCAAACCCAAAUCCCAGAUGCUGAAGAACUACCACAACUCAAUGGAGUCCAGCAACACCAAGUCCAAGAGUGACACUUCGUGGAGGAACGUUUCCGAGGAGAUAAAGAAGAUCUUCAGGACUUCCGUGCUGCAGCUACAGGAGAAAGGCACCAUGAAACCCGGCCAAGCCAAGAAGUUUCUCUGCUCUGCCCUGGAGGACGAGCUGGACUUUGCCUUGGGCAAGCAGACCCCCGCCUUCCUGAAGAAGUGCGUGUGCUACAUCCGGAAGAUCUCCAACUUCGACCGGCACGCCAAGCUCCCGGAGAUGGGCCGCUACAUGGACAUCGUGGUGAACGGCGACCGCGUCAUGCGCAACCAGGAGGCCUAUGAGCGCUUGCUGAAGAUCCGCGACGAGUUCAUUCCCACCAUUGUGGCCACCUCCAACCUGCGCGUGUACUCCUCCGUCACCCACUGCGACAUGAAGCUGGGCUACUCCCAGGAGGUGGAGAGCCACUACGUGGAGGGCCUCUGCAAGCAGUUCUACGAGGACAUGGUGGACAUCAUACAAGCCACCGUCCAGCAGAACUUUGACACCGAGGCUGACCCGCUCUACGACGACAUCCUGCAACACCUGUCCCUGUGCAAGACCUACUCCAACUUCUACCAGUACAAGUGUGAGACCCUUAGCCAGGUACACAGGUACAUCCUCCCGAGCAAAGGAGGGAGGAUGAGCCCCCUGGUGGUGUAUGGAGGACCUUGCACAGGGAAGACCCUCCUGCUCGCUGAGGUGGCCAAACAGGCCUAUUCUUGGCUCCAAAAAGAAUUGGGACCAGAGGCAGACCCAGUGGUCAUCGUCCGGUUCAUGGGCACAACAGAAUUCUCGACCGACCUGCGCACUUUACUGCAGAGCAUCUGUGAGCAGAUCGCCAUCAACUACCGCUGCCUCAUCCACUUCCUACCCCACAAAAUCGAGGAGAUGAGGGAGCUCCUGGUCAACCUUCUGGGGGAGUCGUCCUUCCAGCGACCCCUGGUCAUCAUCCUGGACGCCCUGGAGCAGCUGUCUGAGGCCGACGAGGCACGCAAGCUGUGGUGGCUCCCGGCCCACCUCCCGCGCUCGGUGCGCAUCGUGGUCUCCACCCUGCCCAACAAGCACGGGAUCUUGCAGAAGCUCAGGUGCCUGGUGCACGAGGAGAGCCGCUACGUGGAGCUGACGCAGCGGGACCGGAAGCUGUGCAGCCAGACGCUCAAGCACCAGCUCCUGGGCGUCAAGCGCAAGGUGACGUCGGGCCAGCAGAUCUACGUCAACGAGGCGCUGGCCAAGUGCACCCUGCCCAUGUUUGUCAACCUGAUCUACAGGGAGGUGCUGCACUGGAGAUCGCACAAGGAUGUGGACGACACGUCUCUGUGCUCCACGGUGCACGAAAGCAUUGAGCAGCUCUUCUUCUCCAUCGAGAAUAAGCUGGGGUCCAGGUUUGUGUUCAGGGCGCUGGGGUACAUCACCAUGGCCCGGGCCGGACUGACAGAGAUGGAGCUGGAGGACAUCCUGUCUUUGGACAACAGCGUCCUGAGUGACAUCUUGGUGGGCUCCAACUUCAAGAACCCACUGCGGAUCUCCUAUGACCUCAUCGCCCAGCUCAAGGAGGAACUGGAAGGGUACCUGGUGGAGAGGCAGGUGCGGAAUGUGACGCUUAUGGUGUGGGCUAACCGGCACCUGCACCUCAUUGCCCAGAAGCUGUAUCUGAGCAAUGAGGAGGAUGUUCAUCAGAUGCACAGCCUUCUGGCUGAGUACUUCCUGGGGGCUUGGGCUGGCGGGAGAAAGAAAAUAUUUCACUGCGACAACAAUCACUUUGCCUCCCUCGCCAUCUCCCACCACAGGAACCCUCACCAGCAUCACGGCAGCGACAAGGCGAACACCGAGAAACACUCCUACGACCGGCAAACGCCGGAGCAGCCCUGGGUGUUCCAGUGUAACCUGCUGGAGCCCGACAUCUUUUUUGUCAACCACAGGAAGAUGACGGAGCUGCUCUACCAUUUGACGCGGAGUGGACGAACAGACGACCUCAUGUAUGGUGUCAUCAUGAACUUCAGCUGGCUAUACACCAUGAUCAAGAUCGGGCAGUUCGAUAAGGCGCUGUCGGACAUCGACCUGGCCUACAGCUACUCACAGGAGAAGGAGAUCAAAUUCUUGGCUGCCACCUUGCGUAGCAUCAAGGUGAAGGUCACCCGAAACCCAGCGUCGUUAUCCGCCGAGCUCCAACAGAGACUCCUCCCAGUUGUCACCUCCUUGCCCAAGCUUCGUCACCUUCUGCUGGAGUGUGACAAGGACGGACCCAAGUACUGUUCCAUUGUGCCCCUCCACUCAGCUAUGGAUGUGACCUACAGCCCAGAGAGGUUGCCCCUGUGCUCCAGCUACAUGCAGAUCGUGGAGAUCCUCCCCACAUUUGCCCCCAACAUUAUCAUUGUGGCUCUGGAGGAUGGCACCGUAAGCACCUGGGACGUGGAGAGCCGGCAGCUUCUGAGGCAGAUUGACACAGCACGCUCAGUGGUCCUGGGUAUCCGCCUCACCAGUGACGAAAAGUACCUCGUGGUGGCCACCACCAAGAAUACACUCCUUAUCUAUGACAACCACAAGUCCUGUCUGCUGUCAGAGGUGGAGGUCAAGGGCUCUAAGCAAUGUGGCAUCACAGGAGGGGUGGCCUUCAUCAAUGGCUUCACCCUCUCCAGCCACCACGCCCUGGCCUGGCUGGAGGCCAGCAAGGACGUCAAUGUCAUUGACCUGCUCUACGGCUGGCCGCUCUACCAGUUCCACUGCUGGUACGAGGUCACCUGCGUUCAGUGCUCACCAGACGGGAUGUACGCCUUCUGUGGGCAGUACCUCAACACCACAUCCAUCUUCCAUCUAGGCAGUGGGGACAAGCUGGCCACCGUCACGUCUGAGUUCUCAGGUGGCUUUGUGAAGUCUCUCCUGGUCCUGGACACCAUCCAUCAGAUGGUGAUGAUCGACAACGAGGGAAGCCUGUCGGUGUGGAACACCAAGGAGAUCACCAACCCCAAGCUCAUGGAGGACUAUGACUGCAGGGGAGACGACAGUGAAGUGAUUGCCAUCGAACUGUCAGAGGACCAGCGUUCCAUCCUCAUCUGCAAGGCUAGGAGCAUCGAGGUCCUGGACACCAAGCUCUGGAAGAUGGUGGAGAAGUUCAAGGCCAAGCGCAGCGAGCGAUUUGUCGCCGCUGUCCUCUCCAAAAACGGCCAGAGCAUUGUGGCAUCCAUGGAAAACACCUCGUCCAUUUUUGUGUGGCGCAGAGACAGUGGUCAGUGCAUGGCCAGCCUGGUGGAGAUAUCUGGGGCCAUCGUGAAGCUGAUUAAGUCCACCCAUCACAACCUGCUUCUGUCAGUCGCCAGCAGCGGGGUGCUCUCUGUCUGGGACAUAGACAUCAUCACCGCCAUGUCGAACAUUGACAAGACCGGGAAGCGGAUCCAGAGCCUGCAGAUGUCCGGGAGGGAGGAUUUUGUCUUUACCAUGGAUGGCUCAGAAUCUGUGCACAAAUGGAACUUCAGCACGGGCUUCAUUGAGACUGUGUUCAAGCAUGAGGGUAUUGUAGAGAACUGUGUCCUCACAUCCUCUGGGGACCUUAUGGUGACAUCAGAUGACAAGUGCAGCCAGUAUAUCUGGCAGACGACUACGGGUGAGAACAUCUUCCGCAUCAACGGGCAGAAGAUCUCCCAGCUCCUGAUCACCCACAACGAUCAGUUUGUGGUCUCCCUCUGUGAGCAGAAUGCCUCCAGGGUCUGGAGACUGGCUACUGGCCACAAAGUCUGCAACAUCCUGGUAGCCCUGCAGAAUGCUUUGAUCACCACCGCCAACACGUUCCUGGUUGGGACGACAAAGAACAAGUUGUUAGCCGUGAGCCUGUGGUCGGGCAGUGUGUCGAAGAAGUUCAUCUGCGAUGAAGGCAUCACUAUCGUCAACUUCAAGCUCAUCCCGGACUGCCCCGACUUUGUCGUCUUCAUCACCUCCACCGAGACGGUGUUCAUCUGGAGCGUAGCCGACGAGUCCAUCUGCCGGAGGGUGCAGCUGCCCAGCAACUUCCUGAAAAAUUUGGAGGACUUCCAGAUCUCCCCUAAUGGCAAGCUGGGCAUUGUCUCAAAGGGGGACGAGAACAUCAAUGUACUGGACCUGCACAGUGGGAAGCUCCGGAUUGUUCAUGCUGCGGGAAUCAUCUGGCGGCAGAAGCUUUCACGGGACGGCCGCUACCUGGUCUACAUCUGCUUCCGGAACUGUGAGGAGGAUGACGAUGCUGGGGUGGUGUCCAGCCUCAUCGUCAUGAGACUGGCUGAUGGGAAGAGCAUUGGCACCUGCUCCCUCUACAAGACACCCACCUUCCUCUGCUUGUCCCAGAGGGCACUCAACAUCAUCAUCGGCUUCGAAGAUGGCAGCAUCGGCACGUACACGGUGGUGGACCGCGUGGAUGCAGCGCUGAAAAUCAAGAUCGCCACCUCCAACAGCCGGCAGAUCGUCAACAACGCCUCCCAGAAGGUCAGGCCCAAGUGUGGCACCUUUGCCUUCAAGACCAUUGCCGACUGCGUCUGGAGGGAGUCCACGGAGGUCUUCUCUAGGGACAGCCCCAUAAAUGUGUCCGAUUCAGGCGAGGCGGAGACCACGACGCCAACAAAAAAGAAUGAAUUGCUGCAGUAAGGGGUUUGGCAGCCCACUUCCUGUUUACAACUUCCUGUAUGACACAAUUGCUAAUGAGCAUGAUGCUGCUGCUGCUGAUGAUGAUGAUCUUGCACUGACUGGAGCUGCAGUCAAUUUUAUCAACUAAUGACUGUUUAUCAGUGAGAUGUGUAACAAUGAGUUCCCCUAUUAAGUGCGCUUUGUUGCCUUUGGCAGUUGAAGAACUUGUCAUUUAAUGGUAAAGAUUUUUCAGUGUUGUGUUCAGUCAACCAUUAUAAUGACGAUAUAAUGUCCUUGACCACUCAUCCUUAUUUUAAUGUGUAUAUUUAGACAUGCUGUUAAUUUAUAUAAAAGGCCAUGUACAUUUGUGAUAUAUAUUUUUAGUAAAAUACAGUUGCUGCCAUUUUAUUUUUAUUUUUUUGUAUGUUUAUUUAGUUGUAUGUUUAUUUUUUGUGGCUGCAAAAGAUACAUAGUAGAAUUUCCCAGUACUGUAUAAAAGAUAUAUAAAAUAUAGUAUAUAAAUAUGUGUAAAUAUCUAUUUUGGCUGCUGUGAUUGUGCAACUCCUUAAAAAAAUAUUAUGAUGUGCUUAAUGCAAUCAAAGAGAGUGCCUGGAUUUUGAAAUGUUUUUUCUUGAAAAAAAAUAUGAAGAUGCAGGGAAUUUAUAAAUACAGUAAUCAUUCUGACAAGCAUACAUUAUGGAUUUGGUUGUUUUAGAUAUCAAAAAACAUAAUUAUGUUAAUGUUGUUGAUUAAUGUAUUGAUGUGGAAAAAAAGACUUAAUUGAGGUAAACUGCAAAGGCGGGAAAAUGAAAAUGUUAAAUUAUGAUGUUAUUGUGGAAAACUAUGACUGCCCAAAAGAAAUUUGUAUUAUUCAUCAAUUUCUGAAUUAUUUUGCAAAAUUGAGUUGAUUUGGGGAUAACACUUUGAGCACAGGGUGUAGCCUCUCACUACAAGACCACUUUGGCCUUAAAGGUUCUGCUUGUUUUGGUUGUGUGUUCAGUAAUGUUUUGUUUGUUGGUGUGUUUGUGUGGGUAGACGGAAACAUAGUAUACUGUAACAAGGCGGUUUAGCUUAUGGAAAGUUCUGGAAAAUAAUUACGUAUUUAGUUUCAUUUUGAACAUACGAAUUGGUUCCACAUAAUAAUUGUGUACUUGAUAUGAGUGUGUAUGUUGAUUCACCUACUGUGAUUCAAAUUGGCAUGAACUCAAAUGAAAGAAAUGUUUGGCAGACUGGCAAUGGACCAUUCUAAUAUUUCUUCAACACACAAGAUUGAAAAUAAUAUUUCUUUCUUUGGCUUUCUUUUUUUAAAUCAUUUUAUACAACUUUCAAGGGCUAUUCCGUCUAAUUGUAUUUAUUGGCCUCAUUUGACUGUCAGGACAUUCCGUUCUGAUAGCCAUCAGUUUAACUUUUGACUUGUAGCAGUAUUAAGCUUUAAAUAUAAUGAUUUACCUUCCCUCGGAAAGCAAAUUUUCUAAAGAAAUGAGUAUAAUAUAGAAAUGAAUAAUCUUAUAUUUGCCAAAGGUUUAAAAAAAAUAGUUUUGUUGUUUACAGAACAUCCCUGUUUUAUGGCUUUUUGUCAUGGCAGAAUUGUUUAGAGUUUAAGUAUGAUUCCUUGUGAUUACGUUAGCCGUGUAAGAGGAAAAUGUAUUAAGAAAUUUUUGCUAACGAGUUUCAACAAGUUCACUUACGUCUUAUACUAUAUUGGAAUGCCAGUUUAAAAAUAUAUUUGAAUGUGUUACUAUGAAAGCCAGUAUACCGUACAUUGUAUGUUAUGUAACUUGAAUGACUUUUCAUAACUUAUAUGUUUGCAACAUAUAGAAAAUAUACUGGUAAUGAAUGUUUUUAAAGUAUUCUUUGUAUUGUCAGGACUGACUUACCUGUUUAGAGAUUUAUAUUUUCAUAAAUGUUGUAUUUAAAUUUUGUUACAGAGUUGUAUAACUGGGAUUAUUUAAAAAUUGUCUGAAGCAAUAUGAAAUAGUGUGUAUGCAUUGUUUGUAUGGAGAAUUUUAAUGUAAUAAAACGUUUGAAGUUUC